GGACUGCCCCGGACCACGAGCCCCCGCCCGGACCAGCGAGGACGCAGCUGGCCACGCGUUGCAAGAUAACGAAAGAAGUGGCUGACAUUUUCAACGCCCCCAGUGAUGAUGAGGAUUUUCUUGGUUUCUACGAUGACUUUCCCAUGGAAACACCGUCAUCAGAGGAUAGUUGGGACAGUUCCGACUCUCUGGAGUCGGGAAAAAAGGAUGUCUGUUUCCGGUCCAAGUACCUCACUGAAGAGCUGCGGAGAAUUUUCAUGGAAGACACCGACUCAGAGAGUGAAGAUUUUGAAGGGUUUACCCAGAGUGAGCUGGACAGAAACAGUAACGCUGAAAUAAUGCUCAUGGAAUCAGGUUUGAGUGAUGAAGACAAUAUAUCUUUGGAAAGCAAGGAGGCAGAGAAGAGGGUCACCCCUAGAAGAAGCAGUUUUGGUCUUCGAGUAGCAUUUCAGUUUCCCUCAAAGAAGUCAGCAAGUAAAUCAGAGGUGAAAAAUAAGUUUCCUGAGUCAUCAUUUUCCAGUUUAUGUGUUGAAAACCAUCAGAGCCCAACGUUGCUUAGGAGGAAGAAAAGCAGUAGACCCGAGAGAAGGAUGGGCGGAUCUACCUCAGAGUCAGAAUCGGAGGACGUGAGAGAGCGGACUCAGGAGAACUCUAACGCACUGCUGAAAAGGGCCAUGAACAUCAAGGAAAACAAAGCCAUGCUUGCUCAGUUACUGGCAGAGUUGAACUCCUUACCAGACCUGUUUCCAGUGCAAACACCAACCACGACUCCAUGCAAAAAGAGAACCCCAAGGAGGACGUUCACUGAAGGCCCACUGGAGCGGCGGACUAACCCAGCCCGGAGCGCUCGGCCCCCGGAGAGGUUUGCCUUGGAAAACUUCACCAUGUCAGCGGUUCAGUUUGCCGAACAGUUUAACACAUACCGAAGGCAGAACCUUCUUAAGAAGAAACUCAGUGGGGGGAAAGUCCGGGUCCACAGAAAGCGAAGAUGGUCCUCGUUCCGUCCGGUGGAAGACAUAACAGAAGAGGAUUUAGAAAAUGUGGCAAUUACCGUUAGAGAUAAAAUCUAUGAUAAAGUUUUGGGCAACACAUGCCAUCAGUGUCGACAGAAAACCCUAGACACAAAGACAGUGUGUCGCAGCCUCAGCUGUGGGGGCGUGAGGGGGCAGUUCUGUGGGCCAUGUCUCCGCAAUCGCUACGGGGAAGACGUGAGGACAGCGCUCCUGGAUCCGGAUUGGGAGUGUCCUCCGUGCCGUGGGAUUUGCAAUUGCAGUUAUUGUCGCAGACGGGACGGCCGCUGCGCUACCGGAAUGCUCAUCCAUUUGGCCAAGUUUUAUGGUUAUAAUAAUGUCAAAGAAUACCUGGAGAGCCUACAGAAGCAGCUGGUAGAAGACAAGUAGACAGCAAAAAGGAUUACAAACUGAACAAGAUAAAUUAGACCCGACCCAUUUCACCUUGCAAGUUCAAGAUUUUACAGAUAUUAUUACACCAGUUGGUGUUGGGCCAGCAGGCAGAAUAUACUAGUUCCGUGUA